AUGCUCUCAUCCGCGCCAAGCCGCACGUCGCCUAGAAACCUCCCAGCGACGCUUGCUUCUGGUUCGUGCAGCCAGUGUCGCGACCUCCUAAUGGUGCCUCUACCUUAUCACGAGACGCCCAGGCCCGAGUUCCUCGCGCGCCGCAACCUGCCAUCUCCCAGUUAAGAGCCAUCACCUGAUAUGGUUUCAGUGGAUCAUAGUUCAAAUUAUCCUCCUCCGAGUCAUUUGCCGGAUAAUGAAUCUCUUGAUGAAUUUAAUGAAGUGAGAAAGGGGACUCGAGCUAGAAGGGCACCAGUAUGGAUGAAGGAUUAUGUAGCCACCACCUUGAGCAACGUGUCACCAUAUAAUUGGUCGUUGUGUGAACACGUUAUAUGUGUGGUUCUCGUGUUGUCGUCUUCAGAUUUUCUGUACGAGCUUGAAGCUCUGAACAUUUUUAUGGUGAUUUACUUCUGGAAAUUUGUUGAUCGCGCGCGGCCCUCCUCGAUAUCGCCCCACCUUUCACCCCCGUCCACUCAUGCCGUCGCCGAGCGACAUUCCACGAGCCUCCGCCACCCUUCGACGACGUUUAUCGCUCGAUCAUGCCUUCCGUAUAAGCAGCGCUGCCGCAGGCAACACACUCACAGCAAACUGUUGUCGUACCACGCCUUGAUCCCUCGAGAAGCAGCCUGCGAUUACCAGCCGCUCGUCGUCUCCGUUCGCUCACGCCACCGUCGACAGAUAGACCGUUCGAACCGUCGUCGACGGUACCUGUACCUCGGCAAGCAGCACUCCCAUACGCCUCGUGCGGGUUCGCUCAGCUGGCCGUCGAUCUUGCCGUCCACGCACCCUGCCUGGACAUAUCUGCCACCGUCGGACCACAACCACGACAAAGCACUUGAAAAAGCUCUUCUCCAAAGAAACUUGGAGAAGAAACUCAUACUCCCGACCACACCAUUUGCGGUCGAGCCACUCUUCAAGGUUGUGCCUGAAGGAGGUCCCACUAUACAGGCCGUCCAUGUCGACCAAACUGCAGCUACCUCUGAGCCCAACACCAGUGAAACAACUCCUGAUGUUACUCCUAUUCUCGAGCAAUCUGCUGAGGGAGCAACUUAA